AUGAGCGAGCGCAAAGAGAUCCUCCCCGAGGAGGGCAAGAAGAACAUCCUCAUUACUUCUGCCCUCCCCUACGUCAACAACGUCCCUCACUUGGGCAACAUCAUUGGUAGUGUCUUGUCUGCCGAUGUCUUCUCCAGAUACUGCAAGGCUCGCGGCCUUCCCACCCUCUUCGUUUGCGGCACCGACGAGUACGGAACUGCCACCGAGACCAAGGCUAUCGAAGAGAAGUGCACACCGGAAGAGCUGUGCAACAAGUACCACAAGUUGCACGCCGAGGUCUACGAAUGGUUCAACAUUGGCUUCGACAUCUUCGGCCGCACUCCCACCACCCAGCAGACAGACAUUGCCCAGGACAUCUUUACGAAACUCUACAAGAACGGCUUCUUGGAGGAACAGGAAACCACUCAACCUUACUGCGAAACACACAACUCCUUCUUGGCCGACCGCUUCGUUGAGGGAGAAUGCCCAUUGUGCGCCUACGAGGAUGCAAGAGGAGACCAGUGCGACAAGUGUGGCCAUCUGCUCGACCCUCUGGAACUGAAGAAGCCCCGCUGCAAGCUCGAUGGCGCAACCCCCGUUGCGAAAAAGACAAAACACAUCUACCUGCUGUUGGACAAGCUGCAAGCACAGGUCGAGGAGUGGUCAGCAAAGUCGAGCAAGGAGGGCGCAUGGUCGUCCAACGGUAUCCACAUCACAAACUCCUGGUUGCAAGAAGGUCUCAAGCCCAGAGGUAUCACCCGCGACUUGAAGUGGGGUACUAAGGUUCCUCUGGAUGGCUACGACGAGAAGGUGCUGUACGUCUGGUUCGACGCCUGUAUUGGUUACGUUUCAAUCACUGCAAACUACACAGAUCAGUGGCAGAAGUGGUGGCACAACCCCGAGAAUGUCAGCCUGUACCAGUUCAUGGGCAAGGACAACGUUCCCUUCCACACUGUCGUUUUCCCCUCGUCCCAACUCGGUACCGGCGACAAGUGGACCAUGUUGAACCAUCUUUCUACGACCGAGUACCUCAAUUACGAACAGGGCAAGUUCAGCAAGAGCAGAGGCAUCGGUGUUUUCGGAACCAACGCAAAGGAGACCGGCAUCCCCUCGGAUGUCUGGCGUUACUAUCUCCUUUCGAGACGUCCCGAGACUGGUGACACAGAGUUCGAAUGGACCGGUUUCAUCAACUCCAACAACAACGAGCUCCUCAAGAACCUCGGCAACUUUGUCAACCGUAUUGUCAAGUAUGUCAACUCUGCUGUUUACGAGGGUGUCGUGCCAGACUACACAAAGUACGACGACUCAGAAGGUAUCAUCGCCGCCCACAAGAAGGAAGUCAACGAGGCACUCAAGGAGUACCUGGCCACCAUGGACGCCGUCAAGAUCCGUCAAGGUCUGCAAGCCGCCAUGCACAUCUCCUACCUCGGAAACAAGUUCCUUCAAGACAACAAGCUGGACAACGCACUAGCCAAGGAGCAACCCGAACGCUGUGCCGCCGUCGCAGGUCUGGCUUUGAACCACGUGCACUUGCUCGCCUCCAUCAUCGCACCCUACAUGCCCUCCACCACCUCCGCCAUCCUCCAACAACUCAACACCACUCUCCUCAUCAUCCCCGACGACUGGCAAGGCGACAGCAUCACCCCCAACCACAAACUCGGCGAAGCCGCCCACCUGUUCCAACAAAUCAAGCCCGAGAAGGAGAAGGAAUGGCGUGAGAUGUUUGGCGGCGAUGAAGCCAAGAAGGCCAAGGCCGAGAAGGAAGCAAAGGCUGCUGCAAAGAAGGCAGACAAGGAGAAGAAGAAGGCAAAGAAGGAGGCCGAGAGAGCCAAGGCCAAGUUGGCCAAGGAUGCUGGCAAGUCUGUCGAGUCUGCUGAGAAGGACGGCGCUGAGAGUCCGAGUGCUGGUGAUGCUAUUGAGGAGGUUACCGAGGGUGUCAAGCAGGCUGCUCUCCAGACUAGCUAG